AUGCAGUCCCCGAUUGACAUCACUGACUACGAAAAAGUCGACGUUAGUGCAGUCGAAUCAUGGAGUGUUAAGGAAGGAAUUACAACCGUACCUAUGCGUGCCUUCAUCGCUUAUGAUCGUCUAAACUUCUACUCCAUGUACAACCCAAAUGAUCAUGUCAACGUACACGAGUAUGGAAAAUACUUCAAUAAGAUUGAAUUCAAGUGGCCAAGCGAACAUACGCUUGAUGGCAAAUCGUAUCCAUUUCAAAUGUCAAUAAUCUACGUGAAUGCCGUUUUUUCUGACAGAAUUAGUGUCGAUAAAAGCAUCAUAAACGUGAUUUUUGCCGAAGUUGGCAACAGAGCUCAUCACGAAGUUCAAAAAUUUGUUGAUGAGUUGCCAAAAAUUAGUCCCUACAGAAGCUCUGAUGACUUGCGUGAGUUGAAUAUGACCUUAACCUUGAGUGAUCUUUUUCCGGAAAACAAAUCCUUCUUCCAAUAUAAGGGUAGUGGCACGACCCGAUCCUGUCCUGAAAAUGUGGACACCAGGGUAUACAAACACCCCAUUUAUAUUUCUCAAGAACAGUUGGAUAGUUUCAAAAGGCUGAAGAAAAGCGAUGGAACUCUGAUGGAAACCAGCCGAAAUGAACUGAAAGAGCCGAAUGGAAGAAAAAUAGUAUACGUGGAAAUUUAA